AUCAUCUUAAUCCAGCUCCACAACAAAACCAAUGUCUUGAAUAACAUCAACAUCAAUCAGGUAUCCGUAGGGACUUGGCUUGGUUCCUGUCAUUCAUCAACAUAAUCUUCUUUUCUUCUUCCUUUCCCAAUCGCCAGGCCAUACACACACGCCUAAUUGACAUCCUCCUUUCGUUGUCUGCUACGAAAAGGAGUUCGAUGAUCAACAAGCUUUAAGUCGACCUUUGACGCGACAAACACCAAUUUCUCGACGCCUCUUUGCACUCUCCCUCAAUCGUUGUUUAUACGCCUAACAAUAUCAAUUCCGAGCGGGAAUUUUGCAGUCAUGGACGCGAAGCCGCAUCGUCGGGGUCUCUCCCACAUCCACAACGACGAGAACGCAGCUCCUGUAUCGAAACAAUUGCACCAACGCCACAAGUCGACUGGAGCAUUGUAUCACACCAUGUCUGCUGCUACUGGCCUGAAUGCUGUUGCUAAACGUGCUGCCUUUGGUGAUGUGAGCAAUACCUCUCGUGCUCUCAAUCACGCAAAGGACGAUCUUGUUGUUUCUGCCAAAGGCAAUGGCACUGAGUAUGUCAAGCUCCAAGUGCUGGAGAAAGAAAACGCACUCAGCCGUCCUGCCCAACGCCCACUCACUGCGACUGUCAAGAACACCAUUUUGGGGCUCAACAGAGCCAACCAGUCGGCUCUUCCAACCACAACAAACAAAAUUUCUGCUGUCCCUUCGGUCAUCCCAACCCAGGUCGUGAGGCCACGAGCAUCCUCAAAGCGCAUCACAGCUAUCUACAAAGAUGAGAAUUCUGUAAAGCCCCAACAGGCAGCAGAGCCUGCAAAACAACAAAAUGUCCCAAUCGCUUCAGCUCCAAUCCCACCAGUUCACCAGACACUUGGACCACGCCACCACAAGAGCCAACCGCAGUUGAAGCUCGACCAGCCUGUCCUUCGUCGGACGCAGAGCAAGUACAUGUACAAUGUAUUGCCAACCGUUCUCAGCGACUCCAUCCCCUCGUCUUCGAGCAUUAGCUUCAAGGAUGCUCCAGUCGCAGAGGAGCCAAAGCUGCCAUCUGUUGCAGAUAAUAGCUACGACUACCAGUCCUAUGAUGCCCCUGUCCAGUCGCUGGUCAAGGCCGACCCGAUUGCUACUGAAAUUGCUGUUCCUACUACCGACGAGUAUGUUCCAGAAGAGCGCCUGCUUCCAGCGCUUCCUUCCGAGCCCGAGGAGUAUUGGGAGGAAGAGGAGGAGGUUUACGAUGAGCAAGGUUACACCACCGCCCACUCUUACAGAUCUCGUGGCGACAACACUACCGGCGGAGCUACUACAGUCAUGAUUCCAAAGCUCAACAGCAAGGUUGAGAGAGAGCUUGAGGCCGCCAAGAUGAUCGUUGAGGGCUCAAGAACUCGUGAGGAGAUUGAAGAUGACAUGUGGGAUACCAGCAUGGUUGCCGAGUACGGAGAUGAGAUUUUUGGGUACAUGAGAGAACUCGAGAUCAAGCUGGCCCCAAACCCACACUACAUGGACAACCAAGCUGAGAUUCAGUGGUCCAUGCGCUCUGUUCUCAUGGACUGGCUCAUUCAAGUUCACCAUCGCUUCUCGCUCCUUCCCGAGACCCUGUUCCUUUGUGUCAACUACAUUGAUCGCUUCUUGUCUCACAAGAUUGUGUCUCUUGGAAAGCUUCAGCUGGUUGGCGCCACUGCCAUCUUUGUUGCCGCCAAGUAUGAGGAGAUCAACUGCCCUUCGGUGAGCGAGAUCGUCUACAUGGUUGACGAUGGAUACUCUGUGGAUGAGAUCCUCAAGGCCGAGCGCUUCAUGCUUGGUAUGCUCGACUUCGAACUCGGAUGGCCGGGACCAAUGAGCUUCCUCCGCCGCAUCAGCAAGGCUGAUGAUUACGAUCUUGAGACCCGCACUCUGGCUAAAUAUUUCCUUGAGGUGGCUAUCAUGGAUGAGAGAUUUGUUGGAACUCCUCCCAGCUUUGUUGCUGCUGGUGCGCAGUGCAUCUCUCGCAUGAUGCUGAAGAAGGGUGACUGGACUCCUGCACACGUGCACUACUCCGGCUACACCUGGACGCAGCUUAGACCUCUCGUGUCUCUCAUGCUGGAGUGCUGCCGCAACCCUGAGAAGCACCACGCCGCCGUCUUCGACAAGUAUUCUGAUCGUCGAUACAAGCGUGCCUCCGAGUAUGUGAAGACCACCAUCGCAUCGGGCUUCAAGCUCCCUCUCGCUCUCCCAGACUACUCUCUUCCCUCCCGCGGAAUGAUUGGCGACUCGGAUGGCUUCAUGCCAUACGACUCAUACUCGUCUCCCCACGGCAUCUACAACAACAACAACAACAACAUGGUUCAGGUCAAGGGCUAGAUUCAGCGGCCGCAUCAAUGUUCGAGCACAAUCCGUACAUUACUCUACGUAUUUGUAUAAUUUUUCAUUAUUCGCCAGGUACGGCAGGCAUCGAUGUCCUAUUACCAAUUACGGCAUCUUCGCCUCGCCCGCGUCUGCGUCUUAUCACCCGUCAUCAAAACUAAACAUCGCUCUCACACGCCAUUAGAACAUACUACCACUACACGGAGUACAUAAUUUCCUUACUAUUCGAAAACCAUUACGACUCUCUCCCUGGUUGUCGGAAGACCACUACGGGUCUCGACAACAACAAUUCGCAUACACCGCGCGCUUUUUUUUACUUUUCCCAUGGCGUUUGCUGUCAGAGAUCGGGCCGGCGUUUACGACACGAUACCACGAGACAUGAUUCUCCUUUGCAUUUGAACUGGAACCUCUUUUUCUUAAUUAAAAAAACACUGGGAUGGACUACUGUUGGCUUCUUCUGGCUGGUGGUGUGGCUUGUUUCCGAGGGGGGGUUUUUUGCCUCUUCUUCCAUGUUUGUUAUGGGCUGGCGCUCUGGCGGGUUACUUUUGUCUUCUUCUCUCUUUUCAUUCGGAUGGGGGAAAGGGAGGAGGGAGCUCUGGAGGGUGGAUAGGCGGUA